UCAACUGUCUUCUCUUGCAGGUGAUGAAUCUAUUGAUGGGCAUCUUGUUGACUGUUGAAGUAACUCACCCGAAUACCGUGCCAACAGUUGAUAUCCAGUAUGAAGUCAUUGGUAACUACUAUGCCUCUGAGACAGUGGCUGAAAAUGCAUGCGUUGUCUUCGCCAUCUCUCUCCUCAUGUUCACAAUCAGUGCUAUGAUGGUGUAUGGAGCUAUUGCGCAUCGAGUUGGCUGGCUGAUUCCAUUCUUCUGUUAUCAGCUUUUUGACUUUGUCCUCAGUUGUCUGGUGGCCAUAAGUUCUCUGACAUAUUUACCAAGAAUAAAGGACUACCUGGACCAACUGCCAGAUUUCCCAUACAAAGAAGACCUCCUUGCCCUCGAUUCAAGCUGUCUUCUGUUCAUUGUCCUGUUCUUCUUUGCCUGGGUCAUAAUCUUAAAGGCCUACCUAAUUAACUGUGUAUGGAACUGCUAUAAAUACAUCGUCAACAGAAACUUGCCUGAGAUAGCAGUGUACCCUGCAUUUGAAGCUCCUCCACAGUACGUUCUGCCAAGCUACGAGAUGGCCGUGAAAAUGCCUGAGAAGGAACCUCCACCUCCUUACAUACCAGCUUGAAGCAACCCAACUGAUAACUGAAACAGAUGUACCAGCUUCCCUUUUUUUAUACUGCGAAACUGCUUAAACAACUAUUCAGGGCUUUAGGAGCGAAACUGUGUGGUUGAAUUGAGAGACAUUUGAUAUAACCCUAUUAAACAAAAUAUUCAUGUUGAUAUGAUUUUCCUCCCACCCAUCUUGAUAGCUUUUAAUUGUAUUGGCCUCCUUACACAGUUACUGCCUUAGGGUUUAAUUCUGCAAGUACCUCUGUAAUUUGUAUAUAACUUUGUUCAUGUUUCUGUUGAUUUUUUUUUUUUGCAUUAACAUGGAUAACAGAUUAGUUUGGGAAAUGAAUGUUCACAGGAUCAGGCUCUUCAGGAAGAUUAUUCUACAGAUUAGUUCAUAAGGAUAAUCUGAUCAGAUGGCAAUAAGUCAGGUUGGGUUUUUUUUUCAUUCCUCACUUGGGAGAGGAAGGAGUUCAAAUGUGGUCUACAAUUAUAUCUAUUUACUGUUUGCACUUCCCCCCCCCCCCUGUAUCUUACCUUAUUGUGUUAUCCAUUGCCUUGAAACCAUAUUUGCAGGAAGCGUGAAGUUGGCACUAUCGUUUGAAGUUUUUACUACGUGCUGUGAAUGCAGGAAAAA